AUGCGUUCCUCCUCCACCCGCACAAAAAGCUCUUCCAAGAGCGAAUUCGUGCCGGUAUGGGACAAGCUCGGCACGCCGGCCUCGGCGAAGCUAAUCGAGAAAGAGAACGAAAACAAUGGAGCAGAUGAAAACAGUCUCCUAACCUCCAACCAGUCCCAGUCCGUCAACACGACCUGUCUCUUUGUCGGGAAAAAGAAGUGCGGGAAGACAACACUAGUGGAGCGUUUCAUCAACCCAUCGAAGGAAGACUUUCCGAAGUCCACCGUCGCGUUGGACUACAAAUUCGUCCGCACGGAUGCGGCGGUGGGCAGCGGGAAAAACGUCGCGCACUUGUACGACAGCGGGCUGGACGUCUUUGCGGAUCUAGUCGUGAAAACGACAGCUGCAAGUAGUUCCUCCUCCUCCUCUUCAAGCACAAGCACUUCUACUACAACAUCCUCAUCCUCCACAUCAUCAAAUAACAUGUUAUGUUGUGUCGUUCUAGACGGGUCGGAACCUGGGAACAUCCUGCAGUCAUUCCUUGAAUGGACGAGCCUACUCCGUUCGAAAAUCGCCGCGGCAAAUCCGAAUUUGUCCGCGAGUACAAGAUGUGAAAUGCAAAAAUGUCUGGGUCUGGAAACUUGUAAUGCUAAAAAUGAAUGAUAGACGCACUGCAAUACGCAGUUACGCAUGACAAAUUUUUUGGCUGCCAUGUCUUACAACGUAUUCCGCAUGGCAAACUGCGUCGCUGCAUCACAAGAGGGCUUUUUCGUGCCUAUGCAACACACAUUCCCGAGUCAUGCCAGACAAGCAUGACAAACAUGAAUUCUUCCAGACCCAGACAUUUUUGCACUUGAUACAAGACCGGACUUACAGCCAGCAGAGGUGUUUGAGAAAUUCCCGAACAAGGAGCAGCUACGGCCCUUCCCGGUGCCGCUGUUAAUCGUGGUUGCGAAGUACGUAUCCUGUGCAAAAGUAUCGUACUCGUACUAAUUGCAGAUAUCUAUGCAUGACAGAUCCAACUUUCUACCUGAAAUAGCAUGACAAAUUACAUUUUUGCUCUUGGGAAAAUUUGUAAUGCAAUUUAUACUAGUACGAUAGUUUUGCAAUGCAUAGUACGAUCUGAUGAUUGGAAGAAUGGACGCGGAGCUGCGGAAAGUGCUGAUUCGGGGACUGCGGUUUUUCGCACACAUUUUGUGUGGACACUUCGUCACGACCGCAGUGCAGGAGAAAACGAGCAUGAAUAAUUAUCGAGGUAUAAUACGAACUUGUUCUUUCAGGGUGAGUGUUUGUGAUGCAGAGAGAGUUGCUCAAUGAAUUAGGACGAGGUGCGGAAGCCCGUAACUUAGAAACAGGAUUAAGAGCAGAUAGAGUAGAUCAAUUUCUCGUGCAAUGCUGCCUGCAGCACAUACUCAAACUUAAUCAUGCGAAAAUAAACAGGUAUCCUGAAGGGCCUGCUCUUUAACACGCCACCGACGGCAAAACCCUGUCUCGACAUGACCAAACCGCUGUGCAUUCCGGCAGGUAAUAAAGAUACGAACUUUGCGCCACUUAACUUUGUCAUGCGUGAUCUGAAGGAUGAUGCACUUUUCUCAUGCGUUGUCAAAUAGAAAACGAUCUUACCACAACCCUCAGGUUCCGACUCCCUCGAGAAGAUCGGACCGCCGAUUCCCGGCGCCGCGAGUGAGCCGGGCGUGUGGCAGAAAUUUUUAGAAAAGGAAGUUCCGAAACAGAAGUCCAAAGACGACAAGGAGCAGGUUUUGACGAAUGAAGAGCUCGCGAAAUUCCCGGACUCGGCGAUAGAUGGCAUGGUAGUGCAGAAGGGGGACGAGUUGAUUCAGUACAAGAGGGAGGCGGAAAGACGGUACCGGUUGGAGGGGGCAUAA